UGUCGGCGGCUGAGCCCGCCAGUUUUAUUUUAGUCGCAAUUACACCUUUAAAGAAAUCACAUGUUUUACUGUUCCAACCUUCUGACGUACGUUUUGUGGAUUUAACUUAUAAAGUGGACAUUACUUAUAAGUGGACAACAACAAUAAUAUACCUGAACAUAACGUAUAUUAAUAUAAUUACGUACAUCGGGUAUAAAAUUAACGUACAUUUGUGACCCCGACGUGAUCAUUAGGUAUACGUACAUUGGUGACGCCAGUUGAACAUUUUUUUUUACGUUUGGGACAGUGCAAGUUGUGAAUAUGAAUCCUCAAGACGGACCCGCACCUAUUUACGCCGCGCCUAAUACGCCGGCGCCUUCUUUAACGGAGACGGAUACUUUGGCGAGUAUAAGUGUUUCGUCAAGGAUACCUGAUUUUUGGUCAGACCAACCGCGACUCUGGGUUAUCCAAUUUGAGGCCGUAAUAGAAUCGCAACGACUAGGUGAUGUAACAAAACAAAACUUAGUCGUUACAAAACUCAGCAAAUCUGCCAUACAGCAAGUCAGCGACCUGCUGCUGUCACCACCACAAGAAUGACGAUAUCAGACAUUGAAGGACCGUCUGUUACAAGUGUUUGAAGAGUCUGAGACGCGGCAAUUUCAAAAGCUUUUGGGGGAAAUGGAACUGGGCACCCAAAAGCCAUCGCAACUUCUCCGUCGGAUGAGAGACUUGGCUAGAAACAAACUACCAGACUCCACGCUACAAAUAAUGUGGACCAGACACUUGCCGUCGGCAGUUCAGGCUGUUCUUGCUGUCACCGAGGUCAAGGAUUUGGAGAGCUUGGCAACGGUGGCGGACAAGGUUAUGGAGGCAACCAGGCCAGAAUAUACAGAAAUAGCCGAAAUGAAAACCUCCACGCCGGGAAGCAUUCACGAAUUAUCGGAAAUGAUUAACCGACUGCAAGUGGAAGUUGCUGAGUUACGCCGGUCCAGAACACCUCAACGACAGGAGUGCUCAACUGCGCGAGGGAGAACAAGCCGAUCGGGUCAGCGCGACGUGAGUAUGUCCCGAAAAAAAACAAAUUGGUUAUGUUUUUAUCAUCACCGUUACCGUGCUAAGGCUGUGAAGUGCGUCGAGCCUUGCAAUUGGAAGGGGGCUAAACCGACAUCUACGCAGGGAAACUAGACGCGAUACAGCCGGUGGCGGGGGCAAGUAUCGAAUCGCAUAAUAACCGCCUUUGUGUUUUCGACCGAAAUAGCAGACUAAAAUUUUAAUUGAUACGGGUGCCAACGUAUCUGUGAUUCCUGCAGUUAAAAAGUGUGUGUCUUCUUUCAGAUGAUUGUAAUUAUAAGUUAUAUGCUGCAAAUGGUACUGAAAUUAAGACAUAUGGUACGCGUACUCUUGUUUUAAAUUUAAAUCUAAGGAGAGCAUUUAGAUGGACUUUCAUUAUAGCGGACGUAAAGCAGCCAAUUAUUGGGGCAGACUUUUUAAGCCAUUUCAAACUGUUAGUUGAUUUACACGCGCGAAAAUUAAGGGACCAAGUUACCAAUCUAAAUGUUCUCGCUUCGAUUAUUUCACAGGAUAGUAACGAUGAGUCAUCUAUAAUUACGAUAUUUAUUGGAAAUGUUAAACAUCGACACUUUUUAGCAAUAC